AGAGAGAGAGAGAGAGAGAGAGAGAGAAAGAGAAGUAAAAGUAGUUGCUACCACUUUUCUUUUCCAGCAAACUCAAAACAAAACAAAACAGAACAAGACUGCACCCAGCCCAGCGAUUCAGGACCUUAAGGAGAAGAUUUGGAACUGUAAGGUAAAGAAAUAAAGCAGAGGGAGGGAGAAAGAGAGAGUGAGAGAGAGAGAGGCCUUCUGACACCCACAACAAAGUACAGUAGAUAGAAAUAUGGAUACUGUAAUCAGAUAGAUAGAUAGACAGAUAGCUAGAUAGAUAUUUCCUUUAUGUAAGCAUAGUACAGUAGUACAAUAGUACUUUAAUAGUACACUUGUAGUAAGUAAAAAGUAAUUCACUGGCAAUUCCGAAUGAUAGGCUAACAAACAGAUAGACAGAGAGAGAUGUAUUGAGUUUCCAGUACUCUGCUGAGGCAGUAAUGGCUUUGCUAAACUGGGAUUCUCCAGAAAUUGGUUUGCUGUAACUGGGAUUCCCAAUAAAGUGAACCGGUGUUUCAAACAAACUAAAUUUCUAAACCGGAAUUACAAAGAAACAGUACUGGAUAACUGAGAUUCCAAAACAAACUGGCAGUUUUGAGCUGGGAGAAGAAAGACAUUGAGCUUCCUGAACUGCGAUUGCAAAUAAACUGGGAAAGCAGAACUGAGAUUUCACAGAGAUUCUGGACUUAAAACAGGAAGAAAGCAGCAGAGAAAGCGGAAUGGCCUCUAAUCUGAGUGACAGCCUCACUUCUAUGGACUGGCUCCCUCAGCUCAAUCUCAAAGGGUGUGUGAAAAGCAAGAGCUCAGAGCUGGGGGCCCAAACAGAGAAGGGGGCUCGAGGGACAAGCAAGCCUCCCUUCAGCUAUGCCACUCUCAUCAGCCAGGCCAUCAAGUCCACUGCCAGAGGGAGAAUGAGCCUCAAUGAUAUCUACAGCUGGAUCUGUGAGCAGUACCCCUACUACAAGAACACUGCAGCAGGCUGGAAGAACUCGAUCAGGCACAAUCUCUCCCUCAAUAAAUGUUUCCGGAAGAUUCCGCGACCCAGGGAUGACCCCGGGAAGGGAUCCUAUUGGACGAUAGACAGCUGCCCAAAAGAAGACCCACCCCUUCCAAGAGGAAAAAGACCACACCCAACAGACCAUGAGGUAUCUAUCUAUCUAUCUAUCGUGGCCCCUGCCCCGCUGUCCCCCUUUUCUCUCCCUCAGCCCCCUACCCCCCAGCCUGGGCGUGGCGAGCCCCCCCAGAGCUGCCCCUUGCGCUUCUCCUUCACUGAGAUGCAUCUGCAGGACCUGCUGGGAUCUUCAUUCCAGAGCCUGUACAGGACCAUGAAGGAGAAGACUGGAUCCUCUGACAGUGCUCCUCACUCCAGCAGGACGUCCUGUAUGUUUGAGCAGGCUGCCCCCCUGCACACCCCCACCUUCCCCUCCGAUCCACAGCCCCCUCCCCCCUCCUCCUCCUCGUCCUCCUCUUCCUCCUCUUCCCAGGACAGGGCUGCCCCAGCGCAGGGCCCUGUGCAGAACAACCUUCCCCGAACUCCAAUCUUCACUGCAGGACACGCGAUCCCUUCUGAUUGGUUCUCCAGUAUUGACAGUCUCAAAGAGAGUUUCAAAAUCGCCAAUAACCUUGACUGGUCUACCAUCGAUCUCACUCAGUUUCCUGACCUUUUAAAGAGCAUGCAGCAGGCUGACAUGUCUAACUGGUCCUUGGAUCCCACUCUCUUCAACUCCCUCUGUGAUUCACUGAACCAAUUUUUCACCCAAACUGGACUGAUCCACUCCCAUCACACCCUGCAGACCCCACAGAGUGGGGUUGCCAGUUCCCAUGACACCCUGCAGCCCCCCCGGAGCGGGACCGCCAACUCCCAUCACACCCUGCAGAACCCCCAGAGCGGGACCGCCAACUCCCAUCACACCCUGCAGACCCCCCAGAGCGGGACCGCCAACUCCCAUCACACCCUGCAGCUGCUGAGCAGCCUCACCCCUUCUCACAAUGAAGUUCAGCAACCAUUGGUAGGAAGAUCCCAGACCAACGCCAUCAAUGAGUUUCUGCAUUCCCAGGAUCGGGCAGCACACACUUUGCCAGGAUUCCCUUCCCAGCAAGCACUGGGGCACCCCAGUGCCGCUACACCUUCAGGAUCUACCGUAGACUCAGUCACACAUUCCCAAGCCCCUCCCUUUCCUGCCCGCCCCCCAAAACUGCGUUACACUAGCAACAGUGAAGAAAUCCCAGACGACUUCGACUGGGACUUGUUAUUGAACUGAACUGGAUUUAAAAAAAAAUGGUGUCUCAGCCCUCAAUACCAUCAAAUAUGUAUGGAUUGUAAUAGAAGCAACCUGUGAGGAAAAAAUAAGGUUCACAAGAAAAUGCAGUUUGCAAAUGCGAGCCAGCCCACAAUUUCUCUUCUUGGAACUACCGAACAAACAAAAUCAGAAUAAAAGCUACAACUCCCAGCAUGCCUCUAUAUUGUAGAAACAGAGAGGGAUUGUGGGAGCUGCAGUUCUUGUUUUAUAAAGACACUGUAGAAGUGUACAAAUAUUGGGACUACACUGCCUUCAGCAACAUGAGCAAUCACUGAGCCUUAUUAAGACUAUAAGUCUGACACUAGCGUUACAAGUAGAAUCAGGAUAAAAACUACACCUCCCAGAAUGCCUCUUGUAGUAACAGCGAGGGAUGAUGGGAAUUAUAGUUCUUUUCUACAGGCAGAUGAAGAAGAGGAGGUACUAAAAUGAUCUGGAAUGUGCCAGCAGCAACCUGAGCAAUGUGACUCUGAACUGACAUCGGAGGCACUACAGGAGUUGAAUAAUGAAACUUGAUGUGUGGGGUCUAUCAUUCAUCCAGGAGGGUCUGAUGGACUGGAGGGAGUAUGCAUGAAGUCUAGUCUGGCAGUGGCACAGUAGCACUUCUUCUCAACGAUGUAGUUCUAAUGAUAACCAGGACUGGGUGCAGGACAGGUACUGUAGAAUUCCUCCCCCUGUCUUUUUGAAACUGGUUGCUGAAGUUUCAUAAGCAGCCGAGCCAGACUUGCUCAGUGCUUCUUCUUGGAUUGUGAUCUGUUCAGAUCUCUGAAAGGUAGGAAGAUGAAUAAUCAAGAUUUAAAAGGAACCGUGUUAUCAUGGAUGAAUAUGAAAUAUAAAUGGUAGGUUGAUAACAAUUCUUUCAUAAUGCUGUAUUAUUACUGUACAGUUCAGACUUGAAAUGGAUGCUGCAUACACACGCUCUCUAUUUUCCAUGAUUAAUAGCCUACACAUGUUCUUUAUGAGUCUGUAUUAUUGUUUCUGUUGAGAUCAUUAUUUACCAGGUUUACUAACUAUUUGAAAAGAGGAAUUCUGAAGAGACUCAUUAUGAUCUUAUGAAUUGAGGAAGCAUAUUAGCAUUGCGAUGUGCAUUGAAGCCCAUAGGUGAAACAUUUUACACUGAAGCCUGUGCAACACUGAUUGACUUCCCCACUUCACUUUUCCACAAUCAGCCUUGGGGAGUGUUUUCAGAAACUGGAUUAGCUCAUAAGCAUGUCAAAUAAUGAUCAAAGCAGAAACAGCAAGAGAAUGGUAGAGAACACACAGAAUACAAUAUUAUUAGGAUUAAGUUAGAUAUUAGGAAUAUUGCUAUUCUUAUAUAAAAUAUCCAUAAUAACACCAAGUAGAUUUUCUGCAUCUUUGUAACUUUAUGUUCCACGGUAUGGUUAGUCUUGUACUCUGUUCACUGUCUAUUAUGUAUAUGUUUCCCACAAAGUGGCUUUUGGUAUAAUGAAUAUAUUUUACUAAAGAAAUGAAAUUGUAUUUUUUUCCAGCUUGUUGUAAAAGAGAAACAUAACAAAAUAUGUAAGUCUAGUGUAGAAACAGACAGCAAUGUCACAUAUAAGAUAUAUAACUAUUUGGGUUCAUCUAUACUCUGCAUAAUGUAUAGUGUUCAGAUUCCCUCUGUAAUAGUGUACUGUACUGUGUAGAAUGUUAUAAUAGUCUCAUGUGUCGCAUGUUACAAUAGGGUCAUUCAAGUUCAAGUAGACUGAAUUCCAGGGAGGGGCAUGUACGCUAGAAAAAAAAAUAUGCACAUUUGUAAAGAGAAGACGAUUGUCUGUUCAGAGAUACCAGGGUGUUUAGUAAGUAAAGGGUCUGAAUGAGGAAAAAUAGACAAUACAAUCCCAACCCCUAGUCUUGCUGUAAAUCAUUUGUUGUUGCCAUAAUUUGUGCCGGUACUGAAUGUAUAUACAGGAAAUACCAUUUCUUGGGAUAAGUUGCACUUAAUAGUAAACAUUCUUUAAAAAAAAAAGAAAAAAAAUACAAAUAAAAAUGCUCUAAUUCUGAGCAGCAGGGGGCAGUGUUGAAAUCUCCUACCAUGAAAUGCCUCACUCAGUAUUCUUGUCCUGAUCAUUAGGUGUCCAUAGCAACCACUGCAGGGCUCUGUGCAGCCAAUCGCUGGUGUGCCUGCCUGGAGGCACCUCAUUUCAGCUCAGCUCAGCUUCACAUUACUGUUUGUUCUCCAAAGGCACAUACAUUCACAUCAAUAAUAACCGGCUCUAGUCUUCCCACCAACAGAAAGUGAACAUGAAAAGUAUUGCUAAAUGCCAAUAAGCUACAAUCAGGCCUAUCGGCCAAUACCUGCAACAUGUUUAAAUAAGCAAUCCGCCCCAAGUGCAUUGGUAACCCACAUAUUUUAAAAGAGUAAUAACCAAGGGUUUAAAAUGAUUUACUGAAUCCCUAUUAGCACUAGUGAUAUUCUCCCUUCAAAGGAGUGCUAGUCACAAUUUGAAUAUGUCCUCCAUGGAUAAAACAGAACAAAUGCCGGUUCAUUUUCUAACAGACAGUCCCAACACAAAAAUAGAUGGAUUAUUGGAAGAACAUCUUCAAAUAUCAAGGUUUUUAUUUUUUUUAUUUUUUAUUUAAUCAGUGUUAAAUCAAACAAUUGUUGUCUGUGAAGGGCACUGUGUUUUGUCACUUGUUCUAGCAAGAUGUGCCGGUCAAAAUAAAGGAGCCUUACUAAGACUAUUCCUGUAAUGCGCAGUAUAAAGUUACAUGUUACUAUUAGGAACAACAAUAACCAUUCUACACAUCCCCCUCUUUUCUCAGGUGAUAUUUUGACUAGCUUGCAAUUUUCUCCCCAUUGCUGCAGUCUUGCAGUCUUGUGAUUUCACAUUAUCUUACCUCUGAAGAGCAUGGUCCAUUUAUAACCUUUUUACGCUUGCACACCCGAGCCGAACCAAGCCAAUCCGACUGGUUUUGUGAGCACUUUUUCAUCUUCUUCCCUUUGUUCAAGAACGGAAUUGUGUUCGGAAACAACUACAUUUAUUAUGAUUACGAAUGUCCUCUUUGAUUGUUCAGAAUAAAGUAGAGUACAAUAGAACAGAAUUGCAUUGCAUCUGCAGUUUAUUGUCACUAGAAUUACUACUGUUUAUUAUCACUAAAUUAAACUUUAUUUGAAUUACAUUGUGCCUGUAAAUUAAUAUAACUGGGAUAGAAUGUACUAGAAGUAUAUUUUAACUGCAAUUUAAGAUCACUAGACUAGACCAUACUAGACUCAUUGUAACUGCAGUUUAAUAUCACUAGACUAGAUCGUACUAGAUCUGGAUUGUCUGUUGUUCAAUAUCACAAGGCUAGAUGACUGUACAAGAGGUAUGUUGUAACUACAGUUAAAUAUUGUUAUUUUAUUUAACUGUUAAAAAUGCUACAGUUUUUGUUCUAUAGAGUUAUUUAUCAUUGUUUCUGCUCAGAUCACAAUGAUUCAUCAUGCUUAUUUCAGCAAAAAAAAAAAAGGGUGGCCUUAUUCAACUAUUGGAUCUGCAUCGAAAAUGGGUUUGAAAAAUGGCAACUAGGCGUGUGUAUGUGUAAUUUAUUGUCCAUUUUACAGCUGACACAUUUUAAGGUUUAAGAAAAUUAUGCACCGGACGAGCAUCAAUGGUCGAAUGGCCACAUGACUUCUCUUAUGUUCUUAACUCUUCACUACAAUAACAUAUUCACAGCUACAAUUCAAUGUCUGAACAGUAGGGGUGAGGUGCUGUAUUAAAAUGAGUUGCUCAAUGGUUGUGAGUGGCAAUUUUCCAUAACAUUGAAGCAGUUACCAUGCAGAUGUAAGGAACAGGAUGUUGAACUAAAAGCUAAAUAAACCAAAUGCAUGUACCAACAGGUCUGAUGCUGCUGC